UGCGUAGCGACGGGGAGGCAGCGGCAGCAGCAGUGGGCGGGUUGUGUCCCUCUUUCUUGUCUCUGUUUUUCUCCCUCCUGGCGGCGGCGAUGCAGCCCGCUUCAUGACUGUGUCCGCCUCGCCCCGCUCUUACCAUGCAGCAGCAGUGAUGGCAACGGCUACCCCGCGGAAUCCCGGAGGUAGGCCGAGCGGCCGGGCCGUGCUGCUCGGAGCUCUGGCGCUGCUCCUCAGCCCGGCAGCUGGAAUCUGCCCCAAAAAACUGGACUGCACCAUUAAACGACGGGAAUUUUGCACGCUUGGAUUGGAUAGGUGUGGGCCAUGUCUUUCUCAGUUUGUUGAAGAUGAGAAAGGAAACUGUGUAGAGAAGCAUGGGAUGCAUCACGGAGCCUCAGAUAUCGAUGGUGAUAUUGAUUACAUAGCAUCACUCUUAGCCAAAAAAGAUGAUGUGCAACAUAGACUACAACUGGCUGCAGAGACUGGUAAGGAUAAAUCUGUGGAACUACAAGAUGAAUCAAGAGGUGUUCGUGCAGACAUACCAUCCAAUAAAGAUACGUCAUCAUCUACAACAAGCAUACCCCCAAACACUCCUGAUGAAGUGGCAGCAAUAAAGAGUGUUCCAAAGAAAGCUGUUCCCUUCACCGAUGCCAUCCUGCUCACUUUGAUCAUUGUGUGCACAGUGGCAGGGGUCUCUGGAUUGAUCAUUGCUGGCAUCUGCUGGUACAGAUUACAGAAAGAGGUGAGGUUAACUCAGAAAGCAGACUAUCCAGGCUAUGGUAUAAUUGGAUCCAAUGCUCAAUCUGAGAAACCCCUGAGUGGCGACAAGAAGCUGGCACAGAGUGCCCAGAUGUACCACUACCAACAUCAGAAGCAACAGAUGCUAUCGAUGGAGAAAAAUAAAGAUGAAUCCAAAGUAGCUGAGUCAGCAACCGAAUCUGAGGGAGAAAAUGAAGAUGGGGAUUUCACGGUCUAUGAAUGUCCAGGACUGGCUCCAACAGGGGAGAUGGAGGUCAAGAACCCGCUUUUUGAUGACUCAUCUCUACAUCAUCCGCCCUCCCAGUAACUAGGCAUCCUGGUAUCUCUCUGGACUAUAAGACUUCAAGAAGGGAGAAUUAUCUGCAGUUACAAGAGAUCAUUCAACUGUGCACCAAAGGACAGUCUGCAUCUCCAGUGGUCUCUUACAUUCUGUUUCUGACUAUUGAGGGAAUUCAUCCACUACCCCAAUCCCAACCCUGGUGGUAUAGUGCACUCUAUAAUGGUCCUUAACCUCAAAUCCCACCCUACUGCCUCAAACACACAUUUUUAGCUUCCUGAACAUGACUUGCUGGGCAGUGCAAUUGGAGGUUAUGUUGCAUUUUCUUGUUUUCCUGGGUUCAUCUUUUGAAAGACUUGCCAUGUACGACGGAAGGAUAAUGGCUGGAAGGAAAGAUAUUAAGGUGACCAUUGAACGCUGUUGCUGCUCUGUGAUUUGCACACAGCCUGUUUUGUAUGGGACGUGUGCCACAGGCAAACCUGGUACAAGCUUGCCCAUACAACCAAUUUCCCCACUUUCCUGAUUGUGGUUUGGUGUGAUGCAAUUCUCAAUCUGACCAGAAAGUAAUCAUUGAAAGUGUGUGAGACUGACAACAGGAUUGUCUGCAAUGGAGUGGGGUUUACUGUGCUUAAUUUGUAGUGAUUAACUGGAAUUGCUAAAUGCAACUUCAUCUUUAGGGGGAAGGGUUGAUAUUUCAUUCUUUCAAACUAAUCUGGGGUAUUCACAGCAGCAGUAGUGUAAAAGUUGAAGCUGCCAUUUAUUUUCCAUUGCAGUAACCAAACACACGGUAUGAUAAAUAUGUGUUGUCAGAACGUGUUGAGCUAGCAACUGUCUUGAGCGAUGAUGAAAGUAACUCAACGGGGCAUUUAUCAAGCAUUAAUUUUGAGCAUCUCUCAUCUUGGAAUACGACUCGACAAUUCUACGGAGGUUUCUAAAUUAUUUUCCUAAAUCAUUUCAGCUGCCUAGUAAGAAGGAUUUAAAAAGCCAAGGCUUUGCUUUUGGAAUAAAAUAAAAUCAUGGUGGGAUUGGCAGGGUUGAUGAAGCAGCACACUUGAACUGACUGCACACCCUAACCACCUCAGUUUAUGUAUGUGAGGUUUUAACCAGUGACUAAGUGCCAGCUCUUUAUUGUCACCAUUGUAGGAUGGUUCAAAUCUAUCACUGUAGUGAGGAGCUAUUGUUUGCCAACUUAGCCAGCUUUCUUACUCCUACCCAUUCCCUGUCUACAAAGUGCAAUAUUUUGCCUUAUUAGAAGUAUGCCUGAAUUAUACAAUAUAUUCAUCCAUGAGUUGGGUGACUGACACCAAACACAGUCCCUAGUUUAAUCAAAAGUGUCACCAUCUUUAGAGUUACAUAUUGCACUCUGUGACUACUAGUAAGAAUCAGGCUUGUCAGGCUGGCCAUGGUUGUGGUAGUAUGAAAAACCUACAGAUUGAGUUCAAAUCCCAAUAUAACAGGCUAUGAAAUUGAAUUGAAUUCAAUCUUGUGGGGUAAAGAUCAGGAAAAAAUGAUAUAGAUUGUUCAGCCUGCCUGUUUUGCCCAACGUGUUACUCGAGGUCACAGUACAUGGUUGACUCUUAAUGCCCUCGCAAGUAGCUUAGCAAGCCAUAUGUUCAAGAAAGUAGCAUACCAGCCACCACCUCAUGGCACUGACGGAAUGGGGGGACAAGUGUGGCUUUGCCAGCAUCCCAAGGACAAGUUUUUUUUAAAAAAAAAAGACUCCACCUGUCCCCAUGUUAGUGCUUGCUAACCAAUUUGAACAGUGUAUAAAAUAGAUUCGUUGAAGCUGUAGAGACCACAACCCCUUUCCCCUCCGCCUCAAAUCCCACUCGCCUAGCUGAAGUUUUGUACCUGGAAGUGGGGUAUCCCGGAAAUGGAUAUGCAUUGUACCUCAAUUAUGCAGUAACAGAUGAAAAGGCCUUUGUUUCUCAAACUGGGGAAAGGAGAACUUUGUAUAAUAGUCAUACAAUUGCCUUGGUAACUGAUGACCUUGUGUAAAUGUAAAGUAACAGAAACAUGUUGGGCGAGAUGUUAAAAAGGAAAUAAGGGUUAAAUCUAGAUUGUAUGAAUUGAUGGGAACAGAUUUUAAUCUAAUUAAGAACAUUUAUGAAGUAAUUUAGAUGCAAGUUCAUAGAAACUAGCUUAACACUUAGAUUUUGUUUAUGGACUUUAACUGAGAAGUUUUAUUUCUAAGAUUUAAUUUUAGAGAGCUUUAUUUUAAAGGGACUUUAUUCAUAAUGCUCCACCAGUUGGCAAUGCUUUAAUAUUGAAUGUUGUAGCAGUGAGUUAAUUUCAAGGUAUUUUGUGUUCUGCAUACUUUGUACAGGCUCCACAAUGUACAGAGCCCACUGCAAGAGCCGGGAUAACCCCACUGGUUCAGUCAGUUUCUGACAAUUACAGGAGCCUGUCUAUAACCCAAAGCUGGACCUACUCACUGUAUUUAUUAAUUCUGAUUCUGCUGGAAAGGUCAGUUUAAUCCUAAACAAGUGGUUUAAACUAUCAACGGGAAAAAUAUUGAAUAUUUUGUGCUGAAUCCAUUCUAUGAAUUAAAAUCAAAACAGAAAAUUAUGGAAAUGCAGAACUAAUGAUCAACAUCUGAGGGGGGGAAAGAGGUAAACGAUUAAGUUUAAAAGCAAAAAACUGCGGAUGCUGGAAAUCCAAAACAAAAAUAAAAAUACCUGGAAAAACUCAGCAGGUCUGGCAGCA